CGGUAAAUAACAUGUCGUUAGGUCCUUUAAACACCUCUACCCUUGUCGUCUCUUACCUUGUGCCAUUCAGGUAAUGGCACGUAACCUAACAAAGACCACCGACCUACCUCGCUUCAAAAUCUGAUUAACAAAUACUAUCACAAAUAAAUUUUCAUCUCCAGCUCCAGUAAUCAGUUUCUAUCUUCUGUAAUCUCAGAAUUUGUAAUUUUUUCAUAGAUAGAAGAAAUAGAUGCAUAAUCCAAUGGAGGACAGUAACAAAGAUAUGGAGCCGGAGACAAGGUCUGGAGGGAUGUUAGUUCAGAGGAGAGAGAAAAAUUAUGGUGAUGAAAAUGGUGGUCCUAUGUUCAAAAUCAAGGUCUCUUAUGGUUCUUCUCUGUACAAUUUCACUGUCCCUUGCAUCUUCACUUUUGGUGAAUUGAAGAAGCUUCUUGCAAAAGAAACAGGAUUAGAGCCGGAGGACCAAAGACUCUUCUUCCGUGGGAGGGAGAAGGAUGAUGGUGAGACUCUGCUUAUGGCAGGUUUAAAGGACCUCUCGAAGUUGUUGCUUAUGGAGCGUCCAGCUAGCAAAGAAAGAAAAAUGGAAGAGGUAAGAAAGAAAGAAGAAAUUUCAAAGGCAUGUGCCGCAGUUGUUGAGGUUCGGGCAGAAGUUGAUAAGCUUUCCAAAAGGGCUUCCUCCUUGCAAGCAUCUGUUUAUAGUGGGACAAAGGUUGAUGAAAAGGAGUUUAUCAUUUUGACUGAGAUGUUUAUGGUUCAAUUGUUGAAAUUGGAUAGCAUUGAGGCUGAAGGAGAAGCAAAAAUCCAGAGGAAGAAUGAGGUUCGUCGUGUGCAAGGCUACGUGGAUGCACUGGAUUCCCUGAAGGCAAAAAAUUCCAAUCCAUUUGACGAUUGUGGUAAUACUGUCUCAGUGGCCACCAAUUGGGAGACUUUUGAUUCUGGAGUCGGCAGCUUAACUCCGCCUUCUGCUUCAUCGUCUACAAAAGUUACUCAAGACUGGGUGGAAUUCGAAUAGCUUAAUUCUACGCCUCAUUAUGGCUUGUACAAAUCCGUAAGUGAGUCUUGUUAUUAUGAAUAUGAUUAUUUUACCUGUGGUGGUUACCUUAUUUACUUUGAGAGUUUUAUUUUUGAGUGAAAUUAUUACAAAGAAUUUGUUCGAGGAUAAUGAUCAGUGUAUACGACCACCUACAAUAUUAAAUAUUAUUUACUUCGAUUAUAA